AUGAAUGCAUAUAAAGAACCUAAUCAUGUAGUAGACCAAAAACGAUUAUUGGAUGAAUGCAUUUUUGUUGUUAAGGAACAAAGUUUUUUUAUGAAGCAAGCGUUGGAUAAUGGAUCUUUAAGGGAUACUCUAAAGCAUGCAUCCAACAUGUUGUGUGAAUUAAAAACCACAGAACUAUCUCCAAAAUAUUACUAUGAAUUAUACAUGCUAAUAUUUAACGAAUUGCAACAUUUGGAUAGCUUCAUAAAUGAUAAAAAAAAACAUAAAAAAAAAUUUAUAGAUAUAUAUGAAAGUGUGCAACAUGCAGGAAACAUAAUACCACGUUUAUAUUUGCUGAUAAUUGUUGGACGAAAUUACAUAAAAAAUAAAGAUAUAAAAGCAAAAUAUAUUUUAAAAGAUAUGACAGAGUUAUGUAAAGGGAUACAGCAUCCUUUAAAAGGGUUAUUUUUGAGAUAUUUUUUGAUACAGAUGUGUAAAGAUAGAAUACCAGAUACUGGGAGUGAAUACGAAGAAGCAGGGGGUGGAAAUAUUGAUGAUGCGUUUGAAUUUUUAUUAACAAAUUUUUAUGAAAGUUUAAAAUUGUGGAAUAGAAUGAAUGAUAAAGUAAUUCCAAUUGGUGGAAAUAUAUCAAAUAUAGAUGAUAAUGUUUUAAAAAAUAAUAAAAUAAAAAUUUUAAAAGAAAAAAUGGAUGUUAAAAUGUUAGUAGGAUCGAUAUUAGUUCGAAUGUCACAGUUAGAAGGAAUGACAAAACAAUAUUAUAUAGAAAAAUGUUUACCAAAAUUAUUAUUAUAUUUAUCUAAUAUCAAUGAUUCACGAAUUCAACAAUAUAUAUUUGAAUCCAUUGUUCAGGUAUUUAGUGAUGAAUGCCAUUUAUAUAGUUUAGAGAUGUUAUUAAAUUCGAUUCUAAAAUUAAAUAAUUUUGUUGAUUUUAAAAAUAUACUUAUUACUUUAUUAAAAAGAUUAAGAUCUUUUGUUGAGCAUAAUAAAUCUGAGUUUCCAAAAGAAAUCGAUAUAUUUAAUUUAUUUUAUAAUCAUCUUGUUAUAUAUGUUAAUAGAACAAUUGAACAAUGUAGAAACGAAUUUGACUGUUUUAAUAACACUUUAGAUACAUCUUUUCACAAUUUUGAUAAAAAUAAUAAUAUAAAUAAUGUACACACAAACUCGAUAAAUAUUAAUGAUGAAGUUUCUAAUUUAAACCAAAGUAACAAAGAUAUAGAUGCGUCUCAAAAUAUACCUAAAUUUAGUAACCAAAAUAAUAUUCACAAAAAUUCUAUCGGAAAUAAUAGUGAUAAUAAUAAUAAUAAUAUUAAAAAAGAUAAACAAGAAAUUAUUCAAAUUAUAAUAAAAAUGCUUCAAGUUUUAUAUGAAUUUAUUUUUUUAUGUAUAUGUAUGUAUGAUAGUACAACAAUUAAUGAAUUAUUUGAAUUGGCAUAUAAAAUCGUGUCAAAUAUUAAUAUAAAUGAUGAUGAAAUUUCUGAACAAGUCAUAAAUAUUAUUGUUUUACCAUUUAAUCAUUUAGGAUUAAAUGCACUAAAAGCUAAAAAUAUUAAAAAUCUAUUAAAUAGUAUAAAUGAUAAAUAUAAAAAAAAAUUAAGUUUAAAUAUUAUUGAUGCUAUUAUAGAAUGCAAAAAUAAAGAAAUGGCAUAUCAAAAUGUAGAAGAAAUAUUAAAAUUUAUUUCAUGCAUUUUUUAUGAAGAUAUAUCGACCCACAAAAAAAAUAUUAAUAAAAAAGAUCCAUUUAAUUUUGAAAAUAAUUCAAUUAUUUAUACUUCAGAAAAAAUAUCAAAAUUUUUUCAUAUUAUUACAAACACAAAUGAUAUAGAUAAAAAAUAUAACACAUCUAUGUUAUUUUAUAAUUAUAUAUAUGAUAGUAUAUAUUUUAGUCAGUUACUUCCGAGUAUUAUAUUCACUCUGUUAAAUAUUGUAACAAAAAUAAUAGCUAUUGGUAUAUCAAUUCCAGAAAAUAAUGAAAAUAUAAAUUUGUUAAAUUCCGAAUUUGAUUCUGAACAAAAUAAGCGUGAAGACAGCUACUAUGAUCCAAAUUUUAACGAUUUUACAAAUAAAGAAACAAACAUAAAUUCAAAUCCUUAUGAACAACAAACAAUAAUAUUAAGUGAACAAGAAAUUAAUCAAUAUAAUAAAUAUGCAAAAAAUAUUUUCAAAUUCAUACAUACUAAUUUAUUAUCUAUAUCAAAUAAAAUACCAAUUUUAGCAUUUAAAAUAUUUUUUUAUAGUUCUAUAGUAGUAGAUCAAUAUGAUAAAUUUAUAAACGAUUAUUCUUUUAUAUCUUUUGAUAAUAUUGAAGCUAUUUGUUUAGAAUUUAUUACUCAAUCAUUAAUCAUAUAUGAGGAAGAUAUUAAUUUAUCAUCUGAACAAUUUGAAUGUAUAAUAUGGGCUAUUGGUAUAUUAUCGUCAUAUAUUAACUUAUUGGAUAAUGAAAAUUAUAAUAAUGUUGCUUUAAAAUUAUGCCAGCAUGCUAAUAAAUUGUUAAAAAAAAAAGAUCAAUGUAUUGGACUUUUAAUGUGUUCUCAUUUAUAUUGGGAAAAUCAAAAAUAUAGAAAUAGCACAAAAACUUAUGAAUGUUUACAGAAAGCUUUAAAAAAUGCAGAAAUAGCUAUACAAUCGAAUAGUGAUAAUAUAUUCUUAUUUGUUCAUACUUUAAAAAAAUAUUUAUAUUAUUAUGAAUCGUUAAAUAUUGAAGUUACUGAAAAAGUUAUUAACUACCUCAUAGAUAUAUGCCAAGAAUACUAUUCUGAUAUUUGUAAAGAUAGUUCGGUUAAUCAAGAAUAUUUACAAAUUAUUAAGGACAUACAAAUUAAGAAACAAACCAAUCAAACUCUUUUUGAAAAUAUAAAUGCUUAUUUUCCUAGUAAAUAA